AAUAUUGCUCCUCACCUCACAGGCAAGCAAGGGUUGAACAUAUUCUCCCAUGGAGACUCUGAAAUCAGCAGUUCCCGACGCCCUUAAGCAGGAAAUAGCCAAGAGCACACUCGCUCAACUUCCAUCAACAUGCUCUUCCCUCCUCUAUUUCUUUCACAAUUUGCCUCAAUUUCAUCAAAUGAUUAAGGACUUGACGGACCCUUCUGUGGCUCUAUGUUGCAAGGACCGGAAUGCUUCUUUGGAAGCCAAGCUUAAGGGAAAUGAAUACUUCUCCAAAGGAGAGUAUUCUAACGCAUUGCUUUUCUAUUCCAAGGCACUGCGUCUUGCUCCAGUAGAUAUGGAUGAUAUGGAGAUAAAUCUGGUAGCAUUGCUGUAUGUGAACCGUGCUUCUACUUUGCAGAAAAUGGGCUUGCUUUUGGAGUGUUUACGAGAUUGCAUCAGGGCCCUUAGAGUAUCUCCACGGUAUGCAAAGGCAUGGUUCCGGAGAGGUAAAGCAAACAUUUCUUUGGGUAAGUUUGAGGAUGCAAUUCGAGAUCUGAAUAUCUCAUUAAAGUUAGAGAUAUCUUCAAGUGGAAAAAGGCAGAUUGAAGCAGAACUAAAGAUUGCACUAGAUAAAUUCAAGAGAAUGGGGAUCCCAGGGAAGAAAACCAACCAGAAUCAGUCAGAAGUUCCUGAUGAGCCAGACCAAGUAAAACUUCAGUGUUUGCUUACUACAACCAAGGGGAGAGGAAUGUUUUGUGUGGAUGAUGUUUCUGAAGCCUCCUUAGUUCAUAAAGAAGAUCCUUAUGCUGCGGUUAUCUUGAAAAAAUGUCGGGAGACUCACUGCCAUUUUUGCUUCAAUGAACUGCCAGCAGAUGCCAUUUCUUGUGCGUCAUGUUCAAUUCCAUUAUACUGCAGUGACUGGUGUCAAAUACAAGCUGGUGGGCAAAAGUUCGAUAGGAGCUCUAAUAGUUUUAGUGGUCUUGAGGGCUUAACAAAUGAUCUGAAGAACUAUAUGUCAGAUGUUGUUCUGGCAGGCGCUUCAACUUUAGAUACUAGGCAUAUUGCUGAGCACAGGCAUGAAUGUCAAGGUUUUCAUUGGCCUCUGAUAUUACCGUCAGAAGUAGUUUUGGCUGGUAGAAUCCUUGUGAAAGUCAUUGAGCAAAAGAGACACGCAAGUGCUGAUUCUAACCUUAUUGGGCUCCUGGAUCUUUCUCACAAUUAUCUCCAGCUUCCUCCUGAAAGCAAAUUGGAGAUGCAUAUCUACUCUAUCAUUCUACUGCACUGUCUUCAGCAUUUUUACAGAACUGAACUGCCCAUUAGUGGGAUAAUGGUUUCAAAGCCAGUUAUCCUUCUUUCUCAAAUCCAAGUAAAUUCCAUGGCAGUUGUCCGUAUGCAAGCUCCAGAGGUAAAAGGGCCAAUAUAUGAGCCUGGGAAUGCUGUAACCAGUAAUUUAGAACAAGUUAAAGUGGGUCAAGCUGUUUAUGUAGCUGGUAGUUUUUUCAACCACUCUUGCCAGCCAAACAUGCACACAUAUUUUCUUUCACGCACCCUCCAUGUACAAGCCACAGAAUACAUUUUAGCUGGCUCUGAACUGGAGCUAUCUUAUGGCCCCCAGGUAGGGCAGUGGGACUGCAAAGACCGUCAACGGCUCUUGGAAGACCGCUACUCAUUUACAUGUCAAUGUACUGGCUGCUCGGAGUUGAAUGUUUCUGACCUUGUCAUCAAUGCUUAUAGGUGCACUAAACUAAAUUGUUUAGGAGUGAUCCUUGAUCGUACUGUUACUAGAUGUGAGAAACGAAAACUGAAGCUCCUCAUUGAUGCCCCGACAGUUUACAGUAAGCAGGUUGAGAAGCUCAAAGAUGCUAAUCUUAGUGAAGUGGCUCGCCAUGUUUUUGAAUCUGAUUAUAAGUUGGAACCUCAACAUUGCCUGGUUUGUGAUUCAUAUAGAGAUCUGGAAGCUUCAUGUGCUGCAACCAGUCAAGCUGAGAGUUGUUAUAAGAGACUGCAAGAUGCAAUAGCAUCAAAUGAAGUCCCAACCAAUAUUCUUCUAGAUGCUGUGAGGUGUAUGGAUCUUCUCAGAACAAUACUCCAUCCUUAUAACAAGAGAAUUGCAGAGGUGGAGGACAAUCUUGCUCAGGCAUUCUGUUUGGUAGGAGAACUACAAGCUGCAAUUGAUCACUGUAAAGCAUCUAUACAGAUCUUGGAAAAACUCUAUGAUGCCAACCAUAUUGCCAUUGGAAACGAAUUGAUCAAGCUUGCCUCCCUUCAGAUACUGGUGGGUGACUCUGCUGCUUCCGGUAGCAUUAGCAGAAUUACUGCAAUACUUUCGCGAUAUUAUGGAUCAAAUGCAGAUGACAUAUAUCCAUAUUUACGACAUCUUAAAGAUGGACAAGAUGCUGAUAAGAGUCGCAGUUUAUCCCGUUGAGUGCUCAAAGAACUAAGCUGUGAAGUAAAAAGUUGCCCGUACUUGCGUGAUCUAUCUCCUUCACCAAGUAAAACCCACACCUUAGAUCAGUCUCAUCCUUUCAUUCUUCGAAGGAUUUAAGCUGGUCCCGGGCACAGUUCUUAAUUAAAUGGUUUAUGUUAUUGCUGCCUGUUUGUUGAUCUUGGUGAAUAGCUUUCUGGACUGUUCUGAACACAUUUAUUCACCAGGAACAUGGGAGAGUGUAUUGGAUUGGCAUAUCACAUCAUAUAUUAGUGGGAACACCAGGUGAAAAGUUGACAUACCAAAAUGUCCUUAUAAAGCUGAUUGACGUAUCUAUUCAUUUUUUACUCGUGCAUUAUACUAAAAUUAAAUGUUCAAUUUUACUUGAGAAAAAUAUAUAUUUUUUUCAAUUUAAACCUUAACACAAA